CGCGGGCUGUAGCGCUCUUCUGGCUCCCGGGCCGGGGGCUGAGAGGAGCGGGCAGCUUCGGCGCCGGCAGGAAGAGGGAGAGGCUGAACGACCUCGGACGCUGGUGCUCGGGAUUUUCUCGAGCUAUGAAAGCUACAUAGUUAAAACAGCAGGAUGCUUCUCCUGUUGGGUAUGUGAUGAGAAGAGUUUGGCAUUGGAGUGCUGGGAACCUGAGCAGCUGCUGAGGACUCAGAGCCCAGCCCUGACCAUUAGUGAGCCCACAACACAAUGAACAAAUUGAACUUCCAUAACAACAGAGUCAUGCAAGACCGCCGUAGUGUGUGUAUUUUCCUUCCCAAUGAUGAGUCUCUGAAUAUCAUCAUAAAUGUUAAAAUUCUGUGUCAGCAGUUGCUGAUCCAAGUGUGUGACCUGCUCAGGCUAAAGGAUUGUCAUCUCUUUGGACUCAGUGUUAUACAAAAUAAUGAACAUGUGUAUAUGGAAUUACAACAAAAGCUUUAUAAGUAUUGUCCAAAAGAAUGGAAGAAAGAGGCCAGCAAGGUACGACAAUACGAAGUCACUUGGGGUAUUGACCAGUUUGGGCCUCCCAUGAUUAUACACUUCCGAGUGCAAUACUACGUGGAAAAUGGCAGAUUGAUCAGUGACAGAGCAGCAAGAUACUAUUAUUACUGGCACCUGAGAAAACAAGUCCUUCAUUCUCAGUGUGUGCUCCGAGAGGAGGCCUACUUCCUGCUGGCAGCCUUUGCCCUGCAGGCUGAUCUUGGGAACUUCAAAAGGAAUAAGCACUAUGGAAAAUACUUUGAGCCAGAGGCUUACUUCCCAUCUUGGGUUGUUUCCAAGAGGGGGAAGGACUACAUCCUGAAGCACAUUCCAAACAUGCACAAAGAUCAGUUUGCACUGACUGCUUCCGAGGCCUAUCUUAAAUAUAUCAAAGAAGCUGUCCGACUGGACGACGUCGCCGUUCAUUACUACAGACUGUAUAAGGAUAAAAGGGAGAUUGAAGCUUCACUGAGCCUUGGAUUGACUAUGCGAGGAAUACAGAUUUUUCAGAAUCAUCAUGAAGAGAAACAAUUACUGUAUGAUUUCCCCUGGACACAUGUUGGAAAGUUGGUAUUUGUGGGUAAGAAGUUCGAGAUCUUGCCAGAUGGCUUGCCCUCUGCCAGGAAGCUCAUAUACUACACGGGAUGCCCCACGCGCUCCAGACACCUCCUGCAGCUUCUGAGCAACAGCCACCGCCUCUACAUGAAUCUGCAGCCCGUCCUGCGCCACAUCCGGAAGCUGGAGGAAAACGAAGAGAAGAAGCAGUACCGGGAAUCAUACAUCAGUGACAACCUGGACCUCGACAUGGACCAGCUGGAGAAGCGGUCUCGGGCCAGCGGGAGCAGCUCGGGCAGCAUGAAGCACAAGCGCCUGUCCCGGCACUCUACCGCCAGCCACAGCAGCUCCCACACCUCGGGCAUCGAGGCGGACACCAAGCCCCGGGACCCGGGGCCCGACGACAGCUACUCCGGCAGCGCCAUCCACCGCAAGCUGAAGACCUGCAGCUCAAUGACCAGCCAUGGCAGCUCCCACACCUCGGGGGUAGAGAGCGGCGGCAAAGACCGACUGGAGGAGGACUCGCAGGACGACGAAAUUGAGAUGUUGGUGGAUGACCCCAGAGACCUGGAGCCAGUGAAUGAAGACUCUCUGGAAGUCAGCCCAGACAUGUGCAUCUAUAUCACAGAGGACAUGCUCCUGUCCAGGAAGCUGAAUGGACACUCCGGGUUGAUUGUGAAAGAAAUCGGUUCUUCCACCUCCAGCUCUUCAGAAACAGUGGUCAAACUUCGUGGCCAGAGUACUGAUUCCCUUCCACAGACUGUAUGUCGAAAACCAAAGACCUCCACCGAUCGACAUAGCUUGAGUCUUGAUGACAUCAGACUUUGCCAGAAAGACUUCUUGCGCAUCGCAGGCCUGUGUCAGGACACUGCUCAGAGUUACACCUUCGGAUGUGGCCAUGAACUGGAUGCAGAAGGGCUCUACUGCAACAGUUGCCUGGCACAACAGUGCAUUAACAUUCAAGAUGCUUUUCCAGUCAAAAGAACCAGCAAAUACUUUUCUCUGGACCUCACACGUGAUGAGGUUCCAGAGUUUGUUGUAUAAAGUCCAUCUGCCCCCAGCCUCCAGGAUAACCUGCUGUUUGCCAGAGGCUGCAGGAGUCUUGGGUUCUUUACGUAUUACUUGUGCCAUAUUGUCUUUACCCCAAACAUAGCUCUUUCUUUAUAAUAUUUGUGAUGGAAACAAAAGCCUUGGGACAAUUGCACUUUAAGUAUUAUGCAAAGGUAAAAACUAGAGAAUGUACAGCAAGACAAGUGCCCAUGCAUUGACUCUUUGGAAGAAAAUGUGCUUUACUGGUUUGAAGCCUUUGGACUGGUGGAAUGUGGUAUUUUGUUACUUAUUUUUGUUUCUUACUUCAGUUAAACAUAACAUCUUUUUAUCACAUGAAAGAUGUUAAGCUUAUCUGUUUGCUUAUACAUUUUUUUAAGCCCUCCCUCCUGAAAUGUUCAUGGUUUGAGAGAGGACAAAGGGAAGGGUCUCUCUUCUUUGAAUGGAGGCAGCAUGGCUUGGUGUAUAGCCAUUGCUGCCUCCCUGAGGCUGUCCCAAAGUAAACACUAGCAAAAUGAUCAAACUCAUUAUUGUAGCAAGCCAAAGAUGUACAGAACAGGGGCAUGUGCUCAGAGACAAAACGAUGCAACUUAAGCAAUAACCAGAAGACUAUAUGUGUUGUGAUGUCUUGUGACCCCUUGACAUCCUCUUCCAGAAAGCUCUUGGGCUCAGCUGAGUUCCUCAUCUGCAUGACAGAUCAGUUAAGCUCAUGACAUAAUUCGUUUUGUAGAGUUUACAAACUAGUGUCUGUUAAAACAAUGGAAAGCUCUCAGAAAAUUGUUUGGAUUGUUGUUGUGGGGGUUUUUUGUUUUUUGUUGUUUUGGUUUUUUUGGUACCAGGGAUCGAACUCAGGACCUUGUGCUUGCGAGGCAGGCACCGGAACCACUGAGCUAAAUCCCCAGCCCUUUUUGUGGUUUUUUUAAUUAACAAGAACAAGUUAUGGUAAUACUAGUUUCUGCUUAACCAAAAUACCCUAACUCUGUAUGUUAUACAUAUAUAAAUACAUGGACUUGUGCAUGUU